AGUGUCCCCCAGUGAAAUUCUUUGUAUUUGUCACAUGUCACACAGGCCGUUGUAACUAUCACCCCUUCAUAAACUGCUGCAAUCGUGUUGACCAACAGACAGGUUUCAAACAAGUAUCGAGUGAACUUUAAUCUCCAGACGUAAGGGAUAAAGCAAGAAGACCAAUGUUGCCUGAUAAGGAUGGUGUAGAUGUACGUGGUGGGGUGACCACUGAGACAGGAGAGGACCCUUCAGUGAGUCUGUUCAGAGAGUACCUUCGUCUGAGAACUGUCCAUCCAGAGCCUGACUAUGAUGCUGCUCUUAAAUUCUUGGAUCGGAUAGCUGAUGAGCUUAAGCUGCCAGUGAAAAAGAUUGAGGUUUGCCCUCAUCGAGUGGUAACUAUCAUGACAUGGGAGGGGACAAGUCCUACCUUGAAGUCAAUCUUGUUGAACUCCCACACAGAUGUUGUGCCGGUUUACCAGGAACACUGGAAGUAUGAUGCUUUUGCUGCAGUCAAAGACGCUGAGGGCAACAUUUAUGCUCGGGGAACACAAGACAUGAAAUCUGUAACUAUACAGUACAUUGAGGCCAUUAGAAAACUGAAAGCAGAAGGAAAGAAGCUGACUCGCACUGUCCACCUAAUGUUUGUCCCUGAUGAGGAGGUUGGAGGUCAUAAAGGAAUGGAAACAUUUGUGAAUCAUCCAGAGUUCAAAAAGUUAAACAUUGGCUUUGCACUUGAUGAAGGUCUAGCUAACCCAGGGGAUACUUUCACAGUGUUCUAUGGCGAGCGGAACCCUUGGUGGAUAACUGUCCACUGUCCCGGCAGUCCAGGCCAUGGCUCCAGGUUUGUGGAGAACACUGCUGCAGAGAAGCUGCGCAGCAUUAUCAACUCCUUUCUGGACUUUAGAGAGAAGGAGAAACACAGGUUGAACACCAGUGAGUGUUUCACUCUUGGUGAUGUGACUACUAUCAACAUGACCAUGGUGAAAGGAGGGAUGGCUUACAAUGUUAUUCCUGCUGAAAUGGAUGUCAGCUUUGACCUAAGAAUACCACCAACAGUCAAUCUCCAGGAGUUUGAGGAGCAAAUUAAACAGUGGUGUAAGGAGGCAGGUGAAGGCAUCACUUAUGAGUUUGCUCAGAAACACAUGAACCAGAAUGUGACAUCAACAGAUGAUAAUGACCCCUGGUGGAAGACUUUCAGCACAACCUGCAAAACUAUGAACAUUUCUUUGGAAAAGGAGAUAUUUCCGGCAGCCACAGAUAGCCGUUUCAUCCGAGCUGUUGGUAUUCCAGCCAUUGGGUUUUCCCCAAUGAAUCAGACUCCCAUCCUACUGCACGAUCAUAAUGAAUACUUGAACGAGAAAGUCUUCCUCAAGGGCAUUCAGGUCUAUGAGAAACUGGUCCUAGCUCUAGCCAAUGUGCCUGCCCUGUCUGGAGAGAAUUAAAGAUUUGUCUGUUUACAUCUGAAGCCACACGUCAGUACAAAACAUUUUCACUUAUGAACUGAUACUAAAUAAACCCAAUGCUUCACCAAAGAAUGAGAGAAGUACAUCCAUAGAUAUCAUCUAUAGGUGAACUAUUAAACAGCAGUAAGCCACCCGUCAGCAUAACAAACGUAACUAUUUACUCUAAGAAACUCAGGAUCUAUUUGACAUUACACCAAAUCGUAACAGCCUUCUAAAGAAGUCUGUCUAACUGUAGAGUUGCAAAUCAUGUUUACUUUAAUGUUGAAGAUUACCAUUCCUGUAUUAUUUUAGAAUCUUCUUAAGAAUCAUAAAAUGCUUGCCAUCUAACAUAUUCAUUAAUGAACAAAGUCUUAUUUUGGGAAGUCAUUUGUAUGCAUCCUUGGAACUGAUUUGACUGAUUUGAAUAAAGUCAGUGUAUCAAUGUAAAUGU